AGCAACAACAUUUACCUCCCGGCCUUUUCAUCCCCCCACAGCACCUAUCAACAACCUCAUAUGCGCCCGCGCAAAUCGCAGCAUCUUCAUCAGAAGCUGUCGCGUCAGGAGUUUCUUUUGCUAAAAACUCUGGAUCCAUUGUCUACACCAUCGCAGUCCAGUCACUAGUCAGUUAGUGGGCUGCGAUUCAACCUCUGCAUCACUUACCUGGCACACCCCUCCCACCAUGUCGCAAGACACCGGCUUGUGGAGCGUGCGCCGACCAAGAGAGACCUUAGGAGGAAUCAACUAUAACACCGGCUUGCCACAACCCGCAUCCGCCAUGAAACGAUCUGCCUCGGGCGCAGGCGCGCCGUACUCGAACAGCCAUGGACGUUCCAUGUCCGGCUCCAGACAUUCUUUGGCGUUAUCACGACCUAGCCAGCCCAUGUUUCAGCGCUCUUCAUCCGGCACCAACCUGGCAGAUGUUGGCCUCUCGUCGGUGAAGCGGACUUCGAUGCGCGACAAGUCCUUCGCGCCAACGCCAGCGCCGGGACGUUCUUCACAAGAUGCGGACAGGAGGAGUAGCGUAUACCGCGCGAGGACUUCGACCGCUGGCCCAAUGAGUCACCAAAGUUUCUUUCAGCAAGCACCUCAACCUGCUGGUGUACCCAGAGACCCUCGCCCGUUGAGGGACCGAUCUUACCAGGCGAGAAUAGGGCAGGAACUAUUGGAUUACCUGGCCCAGAACAACUUCGAGAUGCAGAUGAAGCAUACUCUUUCUCAGAACAUUAUCAAAUCACCCACACAGAAAGACUUCAACUUCAUGUUCCAGUGGCUGUACCGCCGCAUCGACCCGAGCCACAAGUUCCAGAAGAACAUCGAUCAAGAAGUUCCCCCAAUUCUGAAGCAGCUUCGAUACCCAUACGAACGAAGUAUUACCAAAAGUCAGAUCGCCGCUGUUGGUGGUCAGAACUGGAGCACUUUCUUGGGACUGCUGCACUGGAUGAUGCAGUUGGCGCAAAUGCUGGACGGCUAUGCCUCCAAUCGAUAUGACGAUGCGUGCCUCGAGAGUGGCAUCGACGUUACCGGUGAUCAUAUUAUCUUCGACUUCCUUAGCAAAGCAUAUAGGGACUGGCUUGCCAUGGACGAGGACGCUGACGACGAGGACGCGAACCGAGCAUUAGCCCCCCACAUUGAACGGAUGGCACAGGCUUUCGAACAGUCCAACUCCAAGUACACUUCCGAGCUCGAGAUGCUCGAGGGGGAGAACAACCGACUGUUGCGUGAGAUCGAAGAUCUUGAGAAGUCCACUCCAGACCCCGCUGUACUCGACAAUCACUUCAGAAUUAUGGAAGAAGACAAAAUCAAGUUCGAAGAAUACAACGCACUCGCGAUGCAGAGAUCCGACAAGUACGAAACACGGAUCCAGGUUCUUCAAGAGGAGCUUGAGAAACUUAAUGAGGAGCUGCGGGAAGUCGAGGACGAGCGGCGAGGGUUGCAGAAGGCCGUGGACGAUCUAGGCAUCAGCAUGCAGGAUAUCGACCGCAUGACAGCUGAGCGAGAGCGUUUACAAAAGGGGAUUGAGUCUGCCUCGCAACGGCUUGAAGAGGUCAAGAAAAAAGUGGCCGAAAAAGAACUGGAAGCGGGCAAGAAACUAGACGACCUUGAGAGAAUGGUGGAUAGGUACAACACCCUGGCGUACCAAAUCGGCCUGAUACCCGCAACAGCAGUCAAUGCCAACGGCAAAGAUUACGAGCUCCAGGUGACAGUCAACGACGGCCCGGAUUUCAGCUCGUCGCAGCUCAAAGGAUCUAGUGGUGCUUCAUCAAGCGACCGACUCCUUGUCGAUCCUGUGUCUGGAUACCAGCCUGCCCACAUUCUCAACCUCGAUCUGCGCGGCCAGGUCAAGAACAGUUUUCUCACGCUGAGGAAAGAAAUUUCCGAAAGAAGGACUGUUGCGAUGGACAUGAUGAUGAAAGACCAUGACCUGCUGGAUGGCAUCAAGGAAGCGAUCGAAGACAAGCGGAGCGAAGUUGAGGCUUUGGAGCACCGUGUCCGUGCUGCGGAGGAAGAGUACGAGAAGACCAAGGAGGUCACAACGACACAAAAAAUGGCAUCUGACGCACAAAUCGAAAAGAUGGAAAAGGAACUUGCAAAGAUGCGAGCCACCCUGACCGAGUCAGUACAGCUCAUGGAGCAACGCGAGAUGAACACCAGCAUCGAGUAUGAACAGCUUGCUCUUCGCGCAAACUCUCUGCGAGAAGAGCUUCAUACAGAGAUUGACCGGAUGCUUAACGAUGUCAUCAAGUUCAAAAUUCAUGUGCAGAGGAACCUCGACGACUAUGAGGGUUUCGUUACUGAUGAACUUGAAAAGGAGUUGGGGAGUGAUGAGAUGAGGGAGGAUACCCGGAAUCUGGAUAUGUAAAUUGGUUUUCUGAGGCUUUGAUGGACCUCCUUUGUGAGGACAGUCUCCUGUCAGUUAUUUGCUUAGCGUUCGGUGGCAGUUUGUGUACAGGGUAUACUUUGUUCUCGUUUCUCAAUACCAUGACGACGAAUUAUGAAUGACAGUCACAGGGGGGCAGCGUCGCCCCAGGCGAACCGAAUCUUUGUGUGCUGUUUGACACAUUUGAGUUGGCAGCAGCCAUAGUUACAGGUUGGUUGACCUUCAGACUUCAGCCCGAAGGUUUAACCGGAGCCGGGAGAGAAUCUACUGUGUCGUGCAUGGAGGGUUUUGGAGAAAGCAUUGCGGAAGAGACGAAUAGCGAUGAAUACCGUGCCCAGAUAAGAAACAGCAUCCGUACCCCAAUUCCAGAAGGCAUCCAAACGUCACAGAAUAGCCGCAGGAUACCCGAGGGCAAUCAACCGAUAUCGAUUGCACAAGUGAUUCACUCACCUGCAAUGAUUGAGCGAGCCUCCCAGCCUUGUCGGCUCGUCGACAUCAAAGCCGCUUGGCAGGCCUCCUGCGUGGCGCUCCACAGACAUAGCGGCUACGAGUCCACCUCAAAACGUUUACCAAGCCCCGCUCUAACAAGAAGACUUGGACAAUCGAGCAACCGAUCCGCGGUGGUUUUUGGGUCCCAGGAUACUGGGUACGAGAUUGGAAACUCCCAAAGAUGUAGAGACGAAUUCUGAUCCAGAGUUGGAAGACUGAGGAGACAACCAGUCGCAGCCGGACCUUUGGAGGCCGAAGGGGUCGGUCACUCAGGCUCGACUUUGAUUGGUUUUUAUUGAGUCAAGACGUAUUUCUCAAAUGGCCCAGCCGCCAAUUCGAGGCUGUAAGCUAAUGCGUAUGCAUGCAAGAGUGCAGCAAAUGCGGCCGUUAGCUAUUGUGAAGUGAUGAUGGGAGAUGGCCCACCGCCAC